UAAAGAAAGAGAAGCUGGGUCACCAGUCUUGCCACGACGCGAACUCAAGCUGCUUACCAGAUCCUUCGUUUUGAUUUUCAUGUCCAUCUUGCCUUUCAAAGCCCAAGGUUCCACUUCGUCUUCUUCGCUUGAUUCCAUCUCUCCUAACCCUAAUUCUAAUUAUGGCAGCUCCCUCUCUCCUCCUCAAUCUCCAUCUUCUCUCUCUCGCCAAUUCCAAUCCAUACAAUUCCCCGAUUCUCAAUCUCCAAUCGCUGCAUCAGGCCUAUUUGCUUCAGCUGCAGAAGAUUCGGGUGGAUCUUCCGAGAAGGUGAAUGAAUUAAGUACACCAAAUGGGAAGAGAAGUUUGCCUCAACAAAAUGGUGAGACACAUGCCCUGUCUCACCUUGGUGGUCAGGGGGUCGGAUCUGCUCAGCCCAGAGGGAAAAUAUUGGGGUCUGCUGGCUCUCCUCAAGUUCAUCAAAGUAAUAUUCGUAACACUAAUCAAGGAGGCAGUGCACACUCAUCUGGAAGAAGAGCCCAGAUGAUGAAUGCAAACCAUUUAUUGAAUUUUCACUAUGACCCCAUUGCCCGUAAUCAACCAAGAGCCCCUCCUCCAAGACGGCAGCAGAAGACAAAGCCUUACAACAAGGAUUUAUUCCUUCAGGCUAAUUACAAGUUUGUUGUGUUAGAUACAGGGAAUUAUGCACCUGAAUUGAUGGAUCCUGAUAAAAUGCUUCGGUGGGAGGAUAUAGUCUGUGUGAGGUAUGCAACCUCAUGUCCAGUGCAGUGUCCUAUUUGUUUGGAAUAUCCUCUAUGCCCACAGAUAACUUCAUGUGGACACAUAUUUUGUUUCCCCUGCAUUCUCCGGUAUUUGCUAAUGGGCAAGGAGGAUCACAAAGGUGAUUGCUUUAAAAGAUGUCCUUUAUGUUUUGUGAUGAUAUCUCAGAAGGAUUUGUACACCCUCCAUAUUGAGAAUGUUAAGCAGAACUGUGUUGGUGAUAACAUAGAGUUCGUGCUUCUAACUCGGCAAAAAGAUUCGUUUACUCCAUCUCAGAAAAAUAAUUUGGAGAUAGAUACCGUGCUGAGUUGCAAUGAUGAGGUCUCUGAUCCCUUCUCAAAGUUUACAUUUACUUCAGAUGUAGAACUGUCUGUGAGAAAAGCAAUAUCAGAUUUGGAUGGUUGGCUAGCUAGAGCUGAUUCAGGACUCGUGGAUGACUUGGAGCAGCUUCCAUAUGUUUGUGCUGCAAUGGAACAAUUAAAACAUAGAAAGAAGUAUUGGAAUCAGCAGCAAGUUCAUGAUGGUGGUGGAAACUCUAAAUGUUCCAACAAUCAGAAACAAUCUCAAGAGCUUUUGCUAACCUCAAACGCUAACUGUGUUUAUCGUGAAGAUUCUACUUCUAGAUAUUCAACACAAUCAGUUGAUAUCAAUGAUGAAAACAGGCAUUAUGACAAUGUGAAAGUGGAUUUGUUUGGGUCGCCAGAGGGCGAAGAUGCAAUUUUAUCAUCCUCGCAUGAUGGAAGCAAGAAAUUGCAGAAAAGAGAUGUCAAGGAAAAUGACUCGUACAAUUUCUACCAGGCAGUUGAUGGUCAGCACCUUAUUCUUCACCCUCUAAACAUGAAGUGUCUUCUACACCAUUAUGGGAGCUAUGAUGUUCUUCCACACAGAAUAAGUGGAAAAAUCUUGCAGUUGGAAACUGUGACUCAAUCAGAGGCUAUGAGAAGACGCUAUCGUUAUUUAAGUCAUUUUUCUUUAACGACGACAUUUCAACUAUGUGAAAUUGAUUUGAGUGAGAUGUUACCUCCUGAUGCCCUGUUUCCAUUCAUGGAUGAGAUCAAGAAGCGUGAGAAGCAGAGGAAGCAACUAGCCAAAAAGGAACGGAAGGAGAGUGUCAAGGCUGAAGUAGCUGCUGCUGCACAAUCUGUGACCAGUUUAUCUAAUUCUGCACAAUCCUUUCAUGAUGACUCCCCUAAAUUUUCGGUUGAUGAUUUUGAAGCUCUUGGAAGUUCCACCACAAUGCCAUCAAGUCCUCCAACGUCAUCAAGCCCACCUUUUGUUGGGGAGAGGAUACUGUUCUCAAAUGUUGCAAGGCUUGGUUUUGCUGCUGGCCAUGAUUCUCCAGCUCUGAAAAUUGAGGAAACUAGUGCUGCUUGUGGUGCAUCCGGUACAAGAAAUCCAGGUACACCAACAUUUGCCAAUAUAAUAUCCAGAGAGAAAACGGGAGAAAAUGUGGAUGCUCCCAAGAACGAGAUUGGAAAGAAAGGAAAGAAACAGAGUAGGAUCCUUCUGUCGACAGCAGGUGGUCGGCGCUACUGAAGCAUAAACCUCAGAAUUCUUCAGCUAUCCCUAGCAAGUUGACUCUGAGCCGUAGACAUUGUGAAUAAUGAAAUUUCUGUGUGCCCUUUUUUCCAUGGGUGCAGUUCAUAUAUGUUUUGGCAGUGCAAGGAAAUGAACUGUAUGACCUUUUGGCCAUGGAUGUGCUUCAUAAAUUUGGCAAUGUAAAGAGUGCCUACGUUUGAAUUCUUAUUUGAUAAAAGAUGUGGUGGAUUUGCGAGUUAGAAAGAUAUUUCGUGAUUAUAUAUAUGUGUGUGUUUUCAAUA